AUGGCAAAUCCAGUGCACAAUGCCACAACGUCACUAGCAGAGUCCAUAUGGAGCUAUCGCGUUGAACACGGCCGGACCUAUCACGCGUACAAGGACGGGAAUUACAUUUUUCCAAAUGACGAUCAAGAGAAAGAUCGACUCGACCUGCAGCACCACCUUUUUAACCUAUGCUUCAAGGACAAGCUGUUCUUUGCACCGGUUCGAGAGCCGAAACAUGUUUUGGACGUGGGUACAGGCACUGGAAUUUGGGCACUCGACUUUGGUACGACAAGCCCUCUCUCAAAUGUGGUUCAGGUCGUCGGGACGGAUCUUUCGCCGAUCCAGCCGUCGUUUGUCCCGCCGAAUCUGUCUUUCAUAAUAGAUGACGCCGAAGACGAGUGGCUGUGGAAACAAAAAUUCGAUCUCAUACAUCUCCGACUGAUGGGAGGCUCGUUUAGAGACUGGCAGGCGAUAAUACAGUCGGCGUACGACAAUUUGGCCCCUGGCGGUUACCUCGAAAUUCAAGACUACGUUCUACCCGCGAGGUCACCGGACGAUACUGCGAAAGGAACCGACCUUGAGCGAUGGGGUGAGAUCUUGAUCGAAGCUGCAGGCAAGGCUGGACGGCCAAUUGAUGCUAGCAAACACUUCCGGCAGUACAUGCUUAACGUCGGGUUCGACGAUAUCCACGAGCUGAGCUUCGCAUGGCCAACAAACCCAUGGCCCAAGGACAAGGACCUGAAGAUGCUGGGCAGAUGGAACCUGGUCAACAUCACUGACGGCAUGGAAGGCUUCUGUUUGGCGUUGAUGACACGAGUCCUAGGAUGGAAAAAGGAAGAAGUUGAUAUCCUCUGCGCCAAAGUGAAAAGCGAUCUCAAGAAUAGGUCGAUCCACGGGUACUUUGAGAUCCCGGUAGUAUACGGACGGAAGCUGUGAUGUUGUGGCCGUAGGACAGCCGGGCCUUAGGCUGAGAUGAAAGAGAAAGCAAUGCACGACUCCCUACGUCUGGGCCCAUGCAACCAGAACGGACGGGCGCUGCCGGUUGAGAUUGAGGGUGUGGUGGAGGCUGUGACAUGCUGCGGUUAGGAGGCUGCC